AUGUCCAAAGCAGCUCCUGCCAAAAAACCAGCGGCUGCAGCCCCGCCUCCGGGAUGUCCCGUGGAUAUCAACGACCCCCAGGUCCAGAGCGUGGCCAGGUAUCAGGCCUCUUACCGCGGCCACAGGUCCCGGAAGGCACUGCGCGGGAAGAGGCCGCCGCGUUUGCUGGAGCCGCUGAAGGAUGUGGUGCUGAUCGAGGGCAGCGCGGCCAAGCUGACUUACCGUUCGGCUUUCCCGGACCCAUUCAUCCACUGGAGCAAGGAUGGCAAGGAGCUGCGCGACGGGCCCAAGUAUCGCUAUGUCUUCGGAGACCCUGACGUAGUCACACUGGUGGUGAGCGAUGGCGUGCUGGUAGACCUGGGGCAGUACAGCAUUAACGUAACCAACCACUUUGGCCAGUGCUCCGACUUGGCGCGCAUCCUCGUGGAAGUCCCGGCGAAGAUUCAGAAGGGACCGAAUGACACAAAGGCACACAAAGGCACCACGGUUACGCUGACUGCAGAGAUCUUGGGCGCGCCUGCGCCGGAAGUGGGCUGGACCAAGGACGGCGAGGACAUCGAGGAGGACGACAGGGUUUUCUUCGGUAUCAGCAGCACCACCACGACGCUGACCAGCCGCCGGGCCACGCCCGAAGACAGCGGCAAGUACGAAGUGUAUGUGGAGAACAGCCUGAGCAUGGACCAGAGCUUCGGUCUCGUGGAUGUGGCCAGAAAGUGGCCCUCAUACACUUCGCCCUGGCUUCAAGCUCUGGGGUCGUUGGGACCGACAACCCUGCUUCAUAUUGCUUAAUAAAGCUGCUCUC